GGCCCGGAAGCAGCCGGCGGCCCGGCCGGUGGGAGCCGCGCGCGCUGGUGUUGCCGUAGCGGCGGGGAGGAUGCGGCGCGCCGGGAUGGCUCGUACGGCGUGAGGCGGGGCCCGAACCUCCCAGCCCCGGCUCCGCUCUGGCUUCAGGCCCCUUCUCUCUGCGCUGCGGCGGGCGGAGGCGGCGCAAGGAGAGGCCCAUGGAGGGGAACCGGGACGAGGCGGAGAAAUGCAUCGAGAUCGCCCGGGAGGCGCUGGAGGCCGCCAACCGCGACCGGGCGCUGCGCUUCCUCCACAAGGCCCAGAAGCUUUACCCGACCGAGACCGCCCGAGUUUUGUUGGAAGCAAUUAUGAAGAAUGGAAGUGCUGCUGGGAGUGCUCCGUACUGCCAAAAGCCAGCAAAUGGCAAUGGUCAAAGUAAGCCCAGUAGCACAAAGGACAGCAGUGCAUCUGCAGCAGGUGAAAGUGGAAAAGGCUACACCAAAGAUCAAGUGGAAGGAGUACUCAGCAUAAAGAAAAGUAAAAAUUAUUAUGAAGUACUUGGAGUGUCAAAAGAUGCAGGUGAAGAAGACUUGAAGAAGGCUUACCGAAAGCUUGCUUUGAAAUUUCAUCCAGACAAAAACCACGCACCUGGAGCAACAGAUGCUUUUAAAAAGAUUGGAAACGCAUAUGCUGUGCUGAGCAAUCCAGAAAAACGAAAGCAAUAUGACCUUACAGGCAGUGAAGAGCCGGCAUGCAAUCACCCUGGCAAUGGUAGAUUUAAUUUCCAUAGAGGUUGUGAGGCUGAUAUUACUCCAGAGGAUUUAUUCAAUAUGUUCUUCGGAGGAGCGUUUCCAUCAGGUAGUGUUCAUUCAUUUUCUAAUGGUCGAGCUGGCUACAGUCAUCCUAAUCAACACCGUCAUAGUGGACAUGAGAGAGAAGAGGAGAGGGGUGAUGGAGGCUUCUCUAUGUUCAUACAGCUGAUGCCUAUUAUUGUAUUGAUCCUUGUCUCUUUGUUGAGCCAGUUGAUGGUUUCUAAUCCUCCAUAUGCCUUAUACCCAAGAUCUGGUACAGGGCAGACCAUCAAAAUGAAAACAGAAAACCUGGGUGUCAUUUAUUAUGUCAACAAGGAUUUCAGAAAUGAAUACAAAGGAGUGUCAUUACAGAAGGUGGAAAAGAGUGUGGAAGAGGACUACGUGUCUAACAUUCGAAAUAACUGUUGGAAGGAGAGGCAGCAAAAAACAGAUUUGCUGUACGCAGCAAAAGUAUACCGAGAUGAUCGCCUCCGAAUGAAAGCAGACUCCUUGCCAAUGGACAACUGCAAAGAACUAGAAAGGCUGACCAGUAUCUAUCGAGGAGGAUGAACUAGAAUUUUAGCUGUGCAUCCUUAAAAUCUUCACCUUUUUCCUAACCGAGUCAGCCUACCACUUGAACUGUGUGGAUUGUAAUCCACUGAGUAACCACGUGGUAAAUUUAGGUUCAUGAUCAUGAACCAACACAAGAGUCCCUUUCGUCCAUUAAAUCUGCAUGAGCCAUGGAGAUAGAGGAAUGAAUGAACACAGUGAUCAGCGUGUCCAGUUUUGGGCAUUUAACAGAAUAGAUGGCUGCAUCUACAUUUCUAAUCCCAUUAGUUUUAGCUGUAGAAGGCGGGGGGUUGGGGGGGGGGGAAGAUAGGAAAAACUUGGAAAAAGAAACCCAUCCUUUAACCUUCCUGCAGAUCUAGUCUGUGUGUUUAAGGGAAAGUAGGUGGAAUGAGGCCUCUUGGUAUAAUCUUUUGGAUGAUUUUGUAAUCUUGAAGGAAAGCUUCAGGUUUCAGGCUCCGUUUUCAGUUUGGUUACUCACUAUUAAAGAUAUGAAUUUUUCCAAUGUGUUUAAAUAAUUUCCUUUUUAAGCAUGUUGAACAGAAACCUAAAUAUUCCUUAUAUUAAGGGUUAUGUGAAAUGUGGUUUUUAAAGCUUCUUUGCAUGUAUAAUUUCCCUGACAAGUACAUGAUUCCUUUUCACUCAAUACCAAGGUUUGCUGGUCUUGGGACCACGAGACUUGUGAAUACUGUGUAUGCAUGUGUGUAUGGGUGUAUAUAUUUCUUUUCCAGCUAAUACCUCAAACUUGUGAUAGUUUAAUAUUGUGCCACUGUAAGUUUGCACAGAGCAGAGCUUCCAUUAGGAAUUAAAAUUAUCCAUCCAAUUUCAAGGAUUCUGGUGUCACUGAUCUUUAAAUGAUUUUUUUUUCCAGUAUGUAAGCGUUACCAUUACAGCCAAGGUGGGCAAACUUUUUGGCCCGAGGGCCACAUCUGGAUAUGGAAAUUGUACGG